AGAAACAUGCGCAAUUGUGAUUGCUUUAAUCAUCGGCCUUGCAGUGCACAGCUGUCAAGUGCCCAUUUCCUAUUUUCAUUUCAGAUGCAAAGUAUCUUCCACCUAUGACACUGUACUUUACUCCAGAAGCGUGCCACGCAAUUCAAAGAAGUCACACUUGUGACGGAAUACUUCGUCGCCGAUACAUUUGAUUACGAGUUACAAAAGUGAACUGACAUGAGUAGGAUGGAUUUUAUGCGAUAUCCACAGUGUCGCUGAUAAGAAAGAUAACGAAAAUACAUACAUCAUACAUCACAUGUAUUUCGCUCACAAAAUUAUCAGUUUUGUACCGAUAGUCUUAAGGAAUCCUCAUCAUGGUUCGUGAUCGUAUGCCCGAUUUACGUGCCAGCCGAAGUAACAGUAGCACCUUUGCCAGAGGGUUCUUACAGGAAGUACAUCUUCAAAUAGCCCAAAAUAAAAAGCUGAAAGAAUUGCUCGAUGAAGCCGAGGAAAUACGUACGCUGAUCCAUCUUUUAGACGAAAAUACUACUAUCGUAAAGAAUUUGCACAAUAAUAUUCUGUCGCACACGAACAAAGAUUUGGGAAAAGAUAUUACCGCGUCCGACAGUUUGACUAUAACUACAGCGCAAGAUGGAUCUAUAUAUACAAGAAUUAAAAUAUUGCAAUAUACAACUAUGCUGCAAUUAUUUUCUGAAAUUAUGGAAGAUUAUAAUGUGUCUUUGUUAAAAUAUCAUGAUAAAUGUCUCUUGCUCUUGCAGCAGCAACGUUCGUUAAUGAGACGCCAAGUUACAAGCGAGGAAUUGGAUCAUAUGCUGGAUGCACAAGAAACCAGUUUAUUUGUUGACAAUAUUUUAGAAGACAGCGAAAUUGCAAAACAACAAUUAUCAGAUAUAAAGAGCAGACAUAACGAUGUUUUAAAAUUGGAAAAAUCUCUGCUAGAAGUCAGAGACAUGUUUGCAGAAAUUGCAUUUUUAGUGGAGAAACAAGGGGAACAAAUCAGUAAUAUAGAAUAUUUUGCCAAUAAAACGACGGAUAACAUCGAUGGCGGACGUAGCCAAUUGAAAAAAACAGAAAUAAAAAGCCAGAGAUACAGAAAGCGAAAGUUGAAGAUUGCAAUUAUUGUAAGUCUAAUAAUAAUAAUUUUUCUUUUAUUUAUCAUUAUAUCAUUGUAAAAUAAAAAAAUAUCUCAUAGAAUUUUUUGCUAACAUUUAUAAUGUGUAAAUUAUGUGAAUAAAAAAAACAUUUUGUGCA